AUGUCCAAACAACCGAUCCAUGACGGGCCGAAGAAGAAGGAGUUGAGCAUCGCCGUGACGGCUGCCGAGGAUUUCGAGGAGAAGGUCGAGGAGGUUGGAAAAGUCACGCCGCCAGAUGGCGGCUACGGAUGGGUGGUCGUCGCUGCGAGUUUCCUCGUCAACAUGGCUGUGGACGGUAUUAUUUACACUGUCGCCAACAUUCUCAAAAAGCCAUGGGCGCUGAGAUUCGGCUCCGAAGCUACGGCUUCGCUCACCUUCUCUCUUCUCACCGGAUGCUAUUACAUCAGUGGUCCAAUCGUCGCCGCGUUCGUCAACGUCUUCGGAAUUCGUCCAGUCGCCAUCGCCGGAUCCAUCAUCUCCACCACCGCCUUCCUGCUUUGCAGCCGUACCGAGGGUCAAAUCGCAACCUAUUUGUCAUUUGGAGUUCUCGCUGGACUCGGUUUCGGAGCCAUGUACCUCCCAUCCAUCGUUGUGCUCUCCACCUAUUUCGCUAAACGUCGUAGCGUGGCCACAGGAAUCGCUGUAUGUGGAUCGGGUAUCGGAACUGUCGUCUUCUCCCAGCUCAACGAAAUUGUCUACGCUUAUUUCAACCAGAGUGUGCCAAUGUUCAUCCUCUAUCUCGCUGCUAUUGCAUCCACUGGAGCCAUCUUCUCUCUGUUCUUCGCCCCCCUGAAAGCAUCUGAUCAACAAGUGAAGAAGGUUGCCAAGAUGGUCCGUGCCUACGAAGGAAAAACUGAGGAGCCAACCGAGAGACUUCUGGAAAAUGUUCGUAACGAUUUGGAUGAGCUCAACCGUCCUGGACACCAGUCGGAUGCAUUCUAUGUUGGAAAUCCGCCAGUUGAGGCUUUGGAGAAAGCCGAAGCCGCCCAUGUCGUCCAUGCUACCGAGCAGCAUACCGUUGUGCACGUCGUCAAGAAGUCGAAAUUCACGCAAUUCAAGGAAUCCCUCUACUCGGUUCUCGAUAAGGAUCUUCUCUUCUCGCCAAGCUUUAUGACUCUAGCUGUCUCUGGAAUCUUCACCGUCAUGUCGUUCCUCGUUCCAUUCGUCUAUAUCAAGGAUGUCAUGCCAGAAACGAUUGACGACACCAGAAAAGCCACCAUUAUCACGCUCAUCGGUAUCUUCAACAUCGCGUUCCGUAUUCUGUGUGGCGCCGCUUCAGAUCACCCGAAAAUGUCUGCUCUUCAGGUCUCCAAUUUUGCCACAAUCCUCGGAGGAAUCGCCGUCGCGUGUGUCCCAUUCUGCACCGAGUACUGGCAUUACGUCGUCUUCACCAUCCCGUUCAGUGCUGGAGUUGCCUGCUUCGCCGCUCUCCGUUCGGUCAUCUGCGUCGAGUUGAUCGGUGUCGAGAAGUUGUCCAACGCCUUCGGAAUCCUCAUGGUCUUCAUGGGUAUCGGAGCCGUCGCCGGUUCGCCAGUCGCCGGAAUGCUCAAGGACCUGACCGGAAAGUUCGAUCUUCCGUUCUACGUGAUGGGCGGUGUCUUCAGUUUCUCCGGAAUCAUGACUCUUCGUUUGUUCGAUAUCAAGGCUUGGGAGGAGAAGAGAAAGGCGGAUCGUCUUGGAACCGAAAUGCGUGUCUUGUCCCAAAAAUCUUAA